UAUUUGGUCAUGUGACAUGUCGGGCCUGACGCAUCAUGCCAGUUCGUUGUGCAAGCUGAAUUUGUUCAUUUUCCUCCCUGUGCCCUGAUGAGACGAAAGACACUCUUAUCGCUUACGGUCAAAGGUUCCUUUGUCUCAAAGAAAAUCGUGGCAGUUGGCAGUGUAUACCACGAUCGGCCAUAGAAGCCUCGCUGUGCUGAUCAGCUGUUGUGUGUGUUCAGUGUGUAACCACCGACGCUGAACACUGAACGAACUGUGUAGAAUAUUCCGAAUAGACAUCUGCGCAUAUCCUUUCACGGGUUAAGAUUCAGCAAUAUGGUGGCGGGAAAGACGUGUGAUGGUCAGAGUCUGACGUCACAGCCGGGGACCGUUGCCAAUGACAACGGCAGAUUGGCACCAGAAACAGACGUCAAUAACCAAAGGUCAUCGCGAGUUGAAAUGCCAGACAUGGCUAUCAACAGAAGUGACGAUUGUUACGCUGUUUCUAGAACAGAGGAUGAGAACCAGCAUCGCGACAUGGCGUCUUCAGAUGGUCCUGUACACUCGUCAGACAAGAGGCAGGACAACGUCCACGCAGAUCCCUUCAACAGCGACUACACCGACUCAGUCGGCAGUGCGGACAGUUCAAAGUUCCUGCUGCCACUGAAAGACAAAGACAAUGACGUCAUCGUUGACGGCUGUGCUCAAUCAAACCACGACGUGUCGCUCUCCCCCAAGAUCUCCAUCAACGAUGUUGUGAUAGACUGUUACGAAAACAGAAACUACACGGAUUCCGUGACGUCUCACUUCUCCGCUAGUCAGCCCCUUCUCAACACAACGGACAACCUCCGUAACUUUGUGAAGGAAGUGGAGACCCCAGUCCUUGGUCUUAUCGACCAUCCUGGGUUCAUGUCCUCACAGAGAGAUCUCUCAAGCACGAGCAACAUAACCUUCGCCUGUCAGAAAGCCUUGAAGUACCUUCAGGAUGAACGGGUGGCCAGCUCUCUCCUUCUACCCGGGAGUACUAAAGACGUGUCCAAGCUGCCCCCCGAAGACGGGAAGGGUCCUUAUGAUGUUGACCAUAACAUCGUCCCCAGCGGGCGCCACACGCGCAACCUCAUUGCUCUCAGUGUUAGCAUAACAAUGGCUUUCAUCGCCAGUGGAACGCUCCGUAACCUUCAGACCAGCCUCAAUCACGAAGGAGGGGUGGGCGUAAUAUCGUUGGCUAUGACCUUCAUGGGGUUUAUGAUUGGUAGCGUAUUCAGCCCCUUCCUCGUCCAGAACUUCCACCCCUACCGCGCUCUUCUGGUUUCCAUGCUUCCUUACCUUCUUUACAUAGCCGCAAACUUCUACCCAGUAAUUUGGCUAAUGACCCCCGUCUCCUUACUAUGGGGGGUCAGUUUUGCAUUAAUGUGGAACGCUAUGAGCACCUAUAUCACCUUCCUGGCCAAAGGCUACUCCGAGAAGAAGAAACAAGAUUACGAAAUUGUCCUCAGUCGAUUUUUCGGCAUCUUCUAUCUUGUGUGGCAACUGUAUAUGAUCUUUGGCAACCUCAUUGCUUCUCUCGUUCUCACAUACGCGACCCCCGCUGGAACUACCGCUUCCAGUACAACGUCAAACGAUACUGUCAUGAAUCAAACACUUACAUUUAUGAACCAAUCCAGGUUUUCCUUCCCCAAUGAGUCUGUGAUACUAAACUCCUCAUCACCGUCAUCCGACUAUGCGCUGUGCGGAGCAAGCUACUGUCACCAUUACACCAUCAGCAAUGCAGGAUCGACUGACAAUUCAUUCGCCAAGUAUGUGCUGUAUGGCGUCUACGCGGGAGUGAUGUUCUUUGCGGUUAUUAUCGCCUUCUUCCUCUUGGAACCUCUCAACAGUCGUCUUUUCAGUGCCACUAUCUCAUGCAGCGUUGUCAAGUCGCAGAUUGUCUCCCUUGGCAGGUUCGCCUUAAACCGGAAGUUCCUCUUGCUUUGCCCCCUUCUCCUGUUCAGCCAGAUGCAGGCAGCUUUCGCCAGCGGUGAAAUUGCAAAGGCGUUUGUGACGUGCCCAAUUGGAGUUCAUAUGGUUGGGUAUACCCUGAUCUGCAUGGGUGUGUCGGGUAGCGUCAGUGCCUACCUCAGCGGGUGGCUCUGUAGAUACUUGGGCCGGACGGUCAUGAUCGGCGCAGCGGUCGCUGUCGAUCUUGGCCUGUUGGCCCUUAUGGCAAUAUGGAAGCCUACUCCCGAUUCGCUUAUUGUUAUCUUUAUUCUGAUUGGCCUGUGGGGAGUUGGCGACGGAAUCUGGAUGGCCCAAAGCAACAGUCUCAUGGGCGUGUUGUUUCCAGACCAGUUCGAGGAGGCCUUCACUGGGAUGAGGGUGAUGCAGGGUCUAGGACCAACCAUCGCCUUUGCCUACGCCCAGUUCUUCUGUAUGGCCACGAAGAUCUAUAUCAUGGCGGGGAUCUGUGUGCUGGCCCUGGUUGGAUAUCUAAUAGCAGACCACAUCGUGAGGAAGGAACGCAAGGUGGCGAAUCUGACUGUUGGUGAAAGAUCAACAUGAACUCGAAAUCUUCGUUUUAUGAAGAAAUCAGCAAGUUCCUCAAGGGAAUGUAUGGACAAUACAAAUUGAUAAUUUGACAGUUACUCAAGGGAAUGUAUGGACAAUACCAAUUGAUAAUUUGACAGUUCCUCCAGUGAGUGUAUGGACAAUACAAAUUGAUAAUUUGACAGUUCCUCCAGUGAGUGUAUGGACAAUACAAAUUGAUAAUUUGACAGUUCCCCCAGUGAGUGUAUGGACAAUACAAAUUGAUAAUUUGACAGUUCCUCCAAGGAGUGAAUGGACAAUACAAAUUGUUUGUAUGGACGAUUGUACAGAAAGGUUUUGGAUCUCCUGAUUCGGGACCAGACGAUCGCAAAAGAAUGCAGAUCCGCAUUUUGUGGGUGGUAACAACAAACUUCGCCAUCUUGCUGAUGUCGAGGUGGACACGUCCACUAUUUUCAGUACCUGAUGGGAAGUACUUGUGUCAUUUAGAAAUACUACCAAGGACGACACUAUGGUUAAAGUACGAUUAACAGCUUGACAAAAGCUUUGCAAUACAAAAAUAAUGUGUUCAACUUGUAAGUACAAUAAUUUACCAAGUGGUGGCAGCUUGCCAUACAGUAAUUCUAGGAUAAAGCUUAGUGCUGAUUGACAUGAUGCUACCCUCUGGUAUAUUGUUAACUAAGGGUCGUAUUUUUUCAGUGCUCUUUUAAUGUACUUUUGCAAAACAUUUUUUCCUGUCGGAAGAGCAUAUUCUGCUUGUUUUCCGAGGAUACUAUGACGCUUUUAUCACAAGCAGUGUUUGAUCUGUUUAUUUUGUAUUGUUGUUUAUGUUUUAUUAUGUAGCUCUAUGUUUAUGAUAUAUGUAGAUCACUGUUGUUGAGUUUAUAGAAAGAGUUUGUUUACGUUGUUUAAAAGUUUCUUAGAAACGUAAGCGUGCUAUCAUCGUUGAAGUACAUGGGUACAUAGUUUUUUCAUGGUAGGGGAUAUAUCAAUGCAGAUAUAUUUUCAUUCAUCAAAUGUGACUGCACACAUUCCUUGCAUCUGUGAUAUCAAAUGUGCAUCUGUUCAAGACAGAAUUCUUAAAAAUAAGUUUCAAUCAAUCAACUUUCAACUUCCAAGUUUUUGUCACUUUUCUUGUAAUUUCAUCUGAUCCAUUUUUGCCGAUUAUAUUGGUUGGGGCAAACCAGUUAUAUCUAUGUUAUUUUUUAUAUCAACGUUGCUUAUUUAUUAUAGAGUUAUAUACCAUGCAUUUACGUAUAUCCUAUACUUCAUAUUGCUGAUAUAUUGAUUUUCAUAAAAUCAUUUGUGGGUGAUAUGCACCUCAACAUAAUAUAGGCUAAUUUAACACUACGAUUUAAUCACCAGGUGCCUGUACAUCCCUUGCAAAUGCUGACUAUAAAUACGGCAUAGCUAAUCUGUGCCAAAAGCGAUAUGUACGAAAUUGGGGCUAUAGUCACGUGUUUGGUCACGUGUUCUUAGUCUCCAUUUUGUGCGGCUGCUGUCUCGUCCUCGAGUUUAGACCGCAUGCUGUAUUCACUGCCAUGUGUUCAAAUAAAAAAUUAAAUUGAU